AUGGAUGGAUGCUACCGCCGAGUCAUCCGGGUGAGACAGACUUCAUUCUUCAAUAAAGGAACUGUCGCCGAGCCGCGUCUCAAUGAAGUUGUGGAUUUGCCUGCGAGUAUAAUAAAGGAACUGUCGCGAGCCAAUAGUUCCAGCGACGAAGAGCAAUCUCAAAGCAGCCUCUCACUCGGAGAAGGCUGUAGUUUCUGGCCGGUUGGCUGUUCAAAAAAAUCGGAGGGUGAACUGUUUGAUUCUUUAAAUCUGACUAGUUCGCAAUUGGAGGAUUUAAUAGCUGAAACAGAUUGUCUUUUUGAGAAUAAAAAUCCUGCCUCAGCCAAAGAGUCCCCAGAAACAGAAUACUCGACGCCCCCAAAGAGCGGGUUUUCUUCCGAAGUUUCCAGUCAGCAUCUAGAAUCGGCGCAAAGGCUCUCGGACAGUCUAUUAUUGAACAUCUCAUUCACGCCGCCCGAACCAGCCUCUCCUGGCUUACUGACUCGGAUACUCGGGGGAUCACCGCCGUUUGCAUCAUCACCCGGACUUCUCACCCAAAUAAUCGGUGAACCUGAAAGAUUGGAUCCCGCUGCUAAGGCUGCUGAGCUGAAGGCGGAAAUCGAACGAGUGCUGUUGAUUUUUCAAAGUGCAUUACCGGACCUUUUACCCCUGUCUCCGGAUAUACGUGAAAAGGUUAUUUUAUUGUAUGCAAUUUUAGAAAACUUGUUCCCCAAAUAAUGUCUGGCAAAA